AUGAAUGACACUCAAGACGACACAAUUGAAAUCGAGUCUAUUUCCAUGAGAGAAGCCCGUCGUCGUGGUGAAUUGGAUGUUUACAUCAAAAACGCUGCGAAACAGGCUGAAAAGAGAUAUGCAGAUUCUGCUCAUCGCGUAGAAGCAAAGUUAAAUGGUGUUACCGAUUUUGACGAGUUGCUUCGCCGCAGAAUUCCAGAACUUGCAAAUCCCACAAGGACUCAAGAUGAUUCGCAAAAUCUCGAGGAUUCUCAGUUUGCUGUUCCCGCACUACCAAAGAUUGCAGGGACGAAAUCUCCAAGCAAAAAUUUUUCACAGAAAUAUCGUCUGGGAGCUGGAGCAUCCACACCAAAAGCCAAUGCCAAUUCGAGCCUUCGAAUUUUCCGAAACUUAAAUAUUUCUCAUGUAGUAGACACCACGUCCCUUGAUCCUAUUGCUAAGAACGUGGAUAACAUUACCGUCACAGUUACUGUAGAAGAACUUGCUAAUGAUGAAAUCGAAAACAAAAAUCGCACAUUUACAAUAGAAAAAUGCCCAUCGGAAAAUGGUUCAAGCCUCUCUGAUGCUGUUGGCCGCACAUUCACAAUUGAUAAGGACUCUGCUGCCUCUAUUUCUGAAACUCCCUCUGAAUGUCCUCCUAAUCCUACAGCUAAUCCUGAAUGUUCUGUUAAUUCAAAUUUGUCAAGUACGAAUUGCCAGGAUGAGCAGGGAAUUGAUGUUAUCGAAGGAAAUGCUCAUGGUCUAUCUGAAGAGGCUGGAAAUAUUGAAAGCGGUGAAGCACAGGAAAAUAGUAAAGAAGCCAGUAAUUCAACCGUAUCGUUCGAAACCAAUCCGGUUGUUCAUAUUUCUGUUCAAGAAUUGAUUGACAAUGACAAAACUGUUGUGAACCUCAAUUCUUAUGAAUCAGAACAUUUCUCCAAGGAACCUGAAAUUAGUAACGAAAGAGUAUCUGAAGAAAUUGACGAGAAUGGCAAGGAGGUUGUCGAAGACGUAGAAAUUGCGGAAAUGGAUGAAACCCCCUCAAUACGACUUCCAAGAAGGGCGAAAAAGACUAGCAAUACUACUAUGUAUACUGUAAAUACUCCCGCUCAUGAUUCAGUUGACAUGGACAUAACGAAAAAUGUGACGAUCGAUGAUUCUAUGGAUCAAGACUCUACCGUUUUGAACAUUAAUCCACGUAAAAACGAUACCGUAAUGGUUUUAAAAGCCAGGAAAAUCAUCGCCCCAGUCACACCGGAACCCGGAUUGCGUCGUUCAACUAGGCAUCGUGUUAAGCCAUUAAGAUCGUGGUUGGGUGAAAAGGCUGUAUAUGAGCACUCACCUUCGGGUGGGCAACGACUUAAAGGUAUUACUGAGGUUCGAAUCAAGGAUAAAAAAAUGAUUAAAUACCGUUCCGCUGAUCCCAAAAUAAUUGUUGAAAGACGGCAAGAAGAACUAGCAAGGAAACGUGCAAGAGCUGCGCAGCGACGAGAGAAAUUAGCUCUUGAUCAUAGCCGCGGUGUGAAUUUACACAUUACCCAAGAUGAUAUUGAACCUAAUAGUCGGGCAGAAUCGACUGGAGACGAGUCGAAUCAAUCUCAACACUUAACAUUUACCAUUUGCAAAGAUUCGUCUGAAAACACUGUUGAAACGUCGAAAGAAGAAUCGAUCAAUAGAACAUUCACCAUUGAAAAAUGUACUCCUGGCGAUUAUUUGUACAAAUUUCGUGAGCCGAAAGAGCAAUCUGCUGAUGAGAAAUGCUGUUUUAAAUCGAUAUUAGAAAAGAGUCCAGAAAAUCCAGACGCUAUGAGUUUGGAAUCCGAAGAAGAUAUAUCAGUGGACGACGAAGAUGAGGAAGAAAUAGAUGAUGAUUCGAACAGUUUAUCCGAUUUAGAGCUCAGUGCUCAAAUGAAUACCAAUGCUUUUGUCAAGGAUUUUGAUCGAACAAGUUAUUAA